GGCGGUCCACCACGCGAAAGGCCGCCUCCGUUCUCCGCGCCCCCCCACCCCCCUCCGCCUCACAUCUCAUCUCGCUCGCUCGCUCUCUGCUGGACGCCAGGCGACGCGAGGGAUUCGAUUCGCCAGCUCUUCCGUCUCCGUCUCGAGUCUCGACCCGCCGAUCUCGCGACGCGCCGCCGCGGCGGUGGUGAGAUGCGUUGAUCCUAGAUGGAGAGAUUAACUACCAACCACCUCUACAAUUCUGGAGUUCCCGUAACUGUGCCAACAUCUCUGCCUACUAUACCAGCCUCUCUGGAUGAUACCUUCCCAAAGCUUCCUGAUGCGCAUAAUGUUUUGAUGGAGAGAGAAUUGAGGAGCACCCCACUAUCACCUCAUCAGACUACUGUUGCUCCUAUCUGUGGUCAAUUUCACUCAAGUACUGGAUCUGUCGGGCCGUUGUGUUCGCCCCCGGCUGUAAGGUUCUCUUCGGUUUCGAAUGCUGAGCAAUACUUGAACUCCAAUCCUUAUAAUUCUCAAGCACCAUGUACUGCAAGUUCUUCGUCUCUGAAUUACAGAUCACAAUAUGGAGGCUUUGAACCUUCCUUAACUGAUUUUCCAAGAGACAUCGAACCAACCUGGUGCCCUGAUCCAGUUGAUAGCAUGAUCGGAUACUCCGGUGAUGUCCCUGGGGGUAACAAUUUGGCUGGGAUCACUUCCAUUGGAGCUUCGGAUGACCUUACUAAGCAAAGUGAAUGGUGGACUGAUUUUAUGAAUGAUGAUUGGAAGGACAUUGUUGAUAACCCAGCUUCUACUGAAACCCAACAGGUUGGACCACCUGCGCAAUUGGCAAUCUCAGUUCACCAAUCAGCUACCCAACAAACAGUUUCGUCUCAAUCUGGAGAUACUUUGGCUGUUGCGGCACCCUCACCCAGUGCCGGCUGCAAUACUGCCAAGGCACGUAUGAGAUGGACUCCUGAACUUCACGAGCGCUUUGUGGAUGCUGUCAAUCAACUUGGUGGCAGUGAAAAAGCAACUCCUAAGGGCGUGCUGAAGCUAAUGAAGGCCGAUAAUUUGACCAUUUAUCAUGUAAAAAGUCAUCUUCAGAAAUACAGAACAGCUCGAUACAGACCAGAAUUAUCUGAAGAAAAGAAGGUGGCAUCAAAAGAAGAGAUACCAUCUAUUGACCCAAAGGGGAGUUUUGAUCUCACUGAAGCACUUCGUCUCCAGUUAGAACUUCAAAAGCGGCUUCAUGAACAGCUUGAGAUUCAAAGAAGUUUGCAGCUUAGAAUUGAGGAACAAGGGAAGUGCCUUCAGAUGAUGCUCGAGCAGCAGUGCAUUCCUGGGACAGACAAGGCGCUGGAUGCUUCAACUCCAGCAGAAGGAUCAAAGUUAUCUUCUGAUCUUCCAGAAUCUUCAACUGUGAAGGAAGUUACAGAAAACAGUCAAAAUGGACUAACCAAGCAAACAGAAUCAGGUGAUAGCUAAUGAAGAUGCAAGGCAAUUCUCUCCAACCUGCGGACCUAAGUGGCCAUGAAAUGGGUUUGAUGAUCUGACUCAUGGCAAGCUUAAAUCAAGUCGUUUUUGUCUUUUCGAAGGAACAGAUGAGUAUUGCUAUGAACAACAUUGCAAAGCCUGGCCAAGUGCCUGUAACUAGACGUUAGUUGUACAGUACCCACCAUCACGGUACCGAUGAAUCCCGUGUCACGUGGAUGAUCUAGGGUUCAAAAGACAGCGCAAGCACAACUGUCCGGGGGUUUGACUUCUUGCUUUUUCUCCUUUGUUAGGGAUCUGUAGCAUCUGCUAGGCAUUUGAUUAUGGGCUGAUCCAAGUAUUUACAAUAAUAUUUAGCACCUCUUGUUUAGAAUUUGCCAUGGUGCCAAAUAUGAUCAAUGAUGUGUUACAUUUGUAUGAGAAGCAUGGACUGCACUCGGUUCAGUCUGCAUA